AUGGCACCUAGACACCUGCUCAUCCUCCUCGGCCUGGUCACCGAGAUUCGAUCCGAAUUCUCAACCAUCAGAGAUAUUCUCGAGAACACUAACAAGCGACUUCCGACCCAGAAUACUUCAAGACCCCUCGAUGUCCACCUCGGCUUCUAUUUGGAGAGUAUCGGCAAUUUUAGGGCCGAGGAGAUGUCCUUUGAUGUGGAUAUGUAUGCAUACAUGUCGUGGAACGACUGGCGACUUAGGCAUAAUUUCCCAGAUUAUGUAAUGGUCAACGACGAUGCUAUACGACAACAGCUAUGGCUACCCGAUCUGUACUUUGCAAAUGCUAUUAAGUCAAAAGUACACGACGUCACUGUGCCGAAUUUUAGUUUGUUUAUUGAUCGAGAUGAUGCUUAUAUUGCAAAGCAAGUUAAUGUAACCUGGUUCAACCCGAAUCCCGUUCGGUUUAACCCGUCAAUUGGGCUUCCGGAAUUCGAGAUUACGAACGUCACGGAAGCGUAUUGUAACGGAACCUACCGCUAUGCAGUGACGCCCACAAAGUAUAAAGUUGAUACCUUUAGUUGCCUACUUGGCAAUAUUCAUUUGUCCCGCUCGAUUGGAUACAACUUGGUGCAGAGUUAUAUCCCGACCGGGCUAAUUGUUAUAAUUUCCUGGGUGUCAUUUUGGAUUGAUCGGAGAGCCGUUCCUGCCAGGGUUACGCUCUCUUUUACCACGCUUGUUUCGCUGACGACAUUGGGUAAUGGUUUACGUUUCGGGCUCCCUCAGGUCAGCUACGCAAAAGCCAUUGACUUUUGGUAUGGCGCUUGCAUGCUGUUCGUCUUCAUGGCCCUUCUUGAAUUCGCGAUUAUCAACAGCUAUAUGCGAAAGGCGGAGAAAUACGGGGAAAUGGCAAAGAAGUUUAUGCAAUCGAGAGUUGACAACACCGACACGGUAGAGCCAAAGGAGAUGGGGAUGAAUGAUAUCAGGAAAGGAUCAAAAUCUCCGAAAAGCUCCGCCAAAAAUUCUCGUUCCCCUGUCACGCCACAUAUGACACCCGAAACCAGAAGAUCACUGGCAAACAAUAAUAGUUAUGAACCAUACGAUCCACGCAUCGCCAACCAUCGGCCAAAACCGAAGAUCUUUGGCGAUAGAAUUCGGUUUGCCGAUGAAGAACUCCCAAUGACGGUGAUCAACGGCUCAUUGUCGUCUUACGAUAACUUAUCGCCGAGGCGAAGGGGCACCGUACACGUUCGAAGGGAAGAUUUGGAUAUAUCUGAUGACGACGAGGAGCUUUUCGACAAGGCGGUACAGGAGCGGACAAAGCCAUUUGUAGUCUAUGCAACGGAUAAUGGGACGGCGAUAUUUUAUAAUGCUGAAAAACAAAAAGCCAUCGAAGAACAGAAAAUGGCGGCUCAACGAAAGAGACGAAUGUCUCGAUACCGGCUCAGCGUUUGCGAAAACGCAUAUUCCACCAUGUCGAAAUCCUUCUCCCGAACAGCCCUUCAUAUCGAUAAGGGAUGUCGCUAUGGAUUUCCAUUAGUUUUCCUAUUUUGGAACCUUUUCUAUUGGUGGUUCUACUUGUUCUGGCGCAAAAAUAUGUCGAUUUUUGGGCCUUACUUC